GAUAAAUGGAAGAAACUCUAGAGAAUAGAUCUUCCCUAUCUAAAGAGUUUGGGGAUAUACAAAAAGAGUGGGAAUUAGAAUCAUUUAUUUCAGAAAAGACUGUCAGUCCUUCUUGGAAAAUAUUCCUGACUAAUAAUGGCCUUAUGACUCCUCAACUGAAGAUCAUAGCUAAUAAUUCAGGAGAAGUUAAAAUCCUCCCAAAAAUUAUUUCAGAACAAGAUCUUGAGGAAGGAAGAAUUAGUAGAGAAGUUGUACUUUGGAAUCAAGUACCAGAAAAUAACUUUCCGAUUUUGUAUGCAUGGUCAGAGUGGGAUAAGGAAAUACUUGAUGAACUUCUACCUGAUAAAUCUCAACCUAUUGGAAGUCUAAUUUCUCAGAAAGGGUUUGACAGUUUUCGUCAGAUUGAUAAAAUCUACACUCUCAGAAGCCAAGAAAUAUCAGAUCAUCUAGAGUACACUAAAGAUCAAGAAGAGACCCAUCUAGUAGCAAGAGAGUACACUAUCUAUAAAGAACACAAGACUCUUGCUGUUUUUAUUGAAGUGUGUAGAUUUGAUGGCAAAAGUCCAAUAGCUGCUUCAUUAGGAGAAUUCUAUAUAUAG